AUGAGCACCGCCCGCUCAAAAUUCAAACUUGGGUCCUCUUGGAACCAGCGGGGGAAAUCAGUCCCAGGUCACAUUGACCACAGAUUGGGUUUAAAUCGUUUUCCGUCUCCCGAGGCAUCUGGAGGCGAACCGCCACCGUGUUUCAAAGCCUCACGACCUGCCCACACUGACAGCUUUUUGGACCGUUACCACUCAGCUGAGAGCCCAGGAGGCCCAGAACCUCCCAUUUCCCCAACGGACGGCCACGACCCUUUGCCAGGGCAGCAGCUGAACACGAACCAAAGUGGGACAGAACCCACAGUGAAACACGAGGGAGUGGCAGAGCCCGAUGAGAACGCAGCUCCGCCCGACUCAGGCCACAAGUUUGCGACGGAGGAAGGCGACGGUCAGCUGUGGUCGUCCGAUCUGUCCAGAGACGCUGGCGAUCCAGGCUUCCCCUAUGCCGGGCAACAGUUUGGGCAGAUUCCCACUGUGUUCACACCUCAAGACGGCCUGAACUUAGAAGAUAUGGCAGCCAGAAUUCACUCAGUGGGGAAAUCUCAUUCUGCCACGUCGAAUGCAGCAAAAGUGAAAAGGCGAGCCAGAACAUUUGGACUUAAAAGACCACAAGAGGAUGAGGGACACAAUGCUUUAUCUCAGAUUAACUCCAUGGAUCAAAGCUCGAUUCCUCAACAAUCGCAGCAUCAGUACAGAGACUUUGCACCUCCUGUGAGGAGCCCGGAUGAGGAUCUGAUGGCACCAAACCCAGCGGCCUCCUCCCUCUGCGGCCGCAGCCUUGCAAGGAGGACGAGGACACCCUGGAGGUCCAGCGUUGGCGAGAAGAGGUUCAGCUGCGCGUACUGCGACAGAAGCUUCGUGAGGUUCAGUAAGCUCAAGGAGCACCUGAGGAGUCACACGGGGGAGAAGCCGUUCAGCUGCCUGCAGUGCGGCCGGAGCUUCACCAAGCAGUGCAACCUCAUCAGACACGCGGUGGUCCACAGCGGAGAGUAGCCCUACGAGUGCUCGCUGUGUGGGAAGUGCUUCACCCAGCGUUCAAGCCUCAAGUCCCAUCAGAAAACAGCACACUGAGUUUAAAGUGGUUUAUUUUAUGCAUCGGAUUCCUGUGUUUUGUAGCUCUAAGAAACAUUCCAGGUUUUCUUAAAACUCCCAAGUCUUUUAACUGCACCGGCGAACAUGUUGAUAAAACUGUUUAAUUGUUUUAAUGUUUUUGUUUAAAACCGUAAUACCAUAAUUUAGCCCGGGGCUGCAACUAACAAUUUUCAUUAUAGAUUUAUCUGAUAAUUAUGCUUUCGAUUAAUCAGUUAAUCGUUUUGUCUAUAAAAUGACAGAAAAUUGUAAAAAAAAAAAAAAAAAAAAAUGUCCACGGACCAUGGCGACAUCUUUAAAUGUCUUGUUUUGUCCAACCAACAGUUCAAAACCCAACGAUAUUCCAUUUACUAUUAUGUGUAACAAAGAAAAGCAUCAGAUUAUUUUAUUUGAGAAGCCGAACCAGCAAAUAUUUGACAUUAUCGCUUAAAAAAUGACUAAUUGACUGAUCAUCUAAUCAUUGCAGCUCUGGUUUAGCUUAAAGGGUUAAAGGGUGGUUUUAAAGGUUGACUACAAAUUAUGCGUACUUCGAUUUUUUUUGCCGCCCUUUUUCCAAUAAAUGCUGUGCAGCUUUUUCUACUGCCCUGAGCAGCCACUAGCUUCCAGUCUUUUCUUCGUGGUAUGAAAAUCAGUUAGUGGACUCGUGAAAUUUGCUUCUUUGGUGUGUUGCAUGACACUGAACGGCAAGUCUUCAACCGGGUUACCUCACAAUAACUAACAGCGUGAAUUGAAUUGGAGCCAAUGGGCUGCCUGACGAUGGAGUUUAAAUACAUUAAAAUGUCUAAAACAGGGGAAAUGGUCAGUAUCUCUGAUCUGCAGGAGAUGGGCCAAAAUAUGCAAAACCACUGGUGCAGUCCCUUAAAUGCGUACGUUCCCGUUUUUAAAGGCUCCCUCACUGUAAAAUAAUGUAGUGCUCGGAGAUCAUCUGAGGUAAACCGACGAUGAAUGCCUCUGCUAGUUUGGUCAACAUAGCAAUGUUACUAAUGUUGUUAUUUCUAAGAAUUGUCUUGUGUUUAAGUAUCUUUGGAAAAGCACCAUCAGUCACAUUAUAUUGUAACGUAACCAUACAGUGAUAUCUGGUCAAACACGCGCUGAUAUUUGAGUUUGUCAAAGAGAGAAAUAGUUGCAAGGUGACAGGAAAAAAGUGAGAGAUACAAGUUUGUAUUUGGGGAGAAAGCGCCAACUUUUCCCUUUUAUAGUUUGCAUCAAAGCUUUUUCAUCAUUUUUCACGAAACUACUGUAGGCAACAACGUAAACAUACGGGUCGUGUAAAAAUCCCAAUAAGUAUGACCCUGCAACAUCUAAUUGUUAUCACUGAUUUGCACCUCAGACACAACUAGGUGGCAGUCUAAUAGACAUGCUGCUGUUCAGCCUUAAAUGAAACAGGUCACUGUUUAUCCUGUGUGAACAACCCAUAAACUGCAUUUAAGGUCUCGUCGUGCAACACAAAACAUACAUUUGCCUAUAUGAGUCAUAUUUUAUUGCCAAAUGAGUAUUAACAUAAGCUGCUGUCUUUCAAGGGGAAAAAGGACAUCUGCCAUUGGAUACAAUAUACAAACAGUUUUAAAAAUCUGUUUUAUUCUUAAUAGAAAUAAAAUAUUGGGAACCCUGUGA